UUUCCACAAAGUCGAGUGAAAGUGAUUUGUUUUACUGGUAUUAUAUUUCACUCGUUUCCGUUAUUUUGAUAAUAUACUAGACCACGGUUAAAUUAUAGCGGGAUAAAGAAUUUUCAAGUUCAUUAGCACCUACCAUAUUUGACAAUAUCAGCUGUUCAUUGACGAAACUAAACGAACAUUAUAGUGAGUGUGAAGAAAAUAGAGUCUGAUAGAAAAUAGAGAACGAACUACUCUUGCUCUUAUUUUCAAACAAAAAUACUCGCUCAUGUUUUGUUAAUUAUUUGAUAUUACAGAAACAAUUUGACUAGCCUCUUGUUUGGAAACUCUCCCGAACAUGAGAUCCUCCCGCGUAUUAUUGGCAUUUAAAAAGGUUCAAAAUAAUAUUCAGCAUUUCUGUUCAACGAUUCCUUCUCUCCCAAGAUUACCCGAAUCACCAACUCAACAAAAACCUCUACCGAAUACCAAUAAUCAAACGUUCGAAAUGCCUGGCGAAAGUGAAAGACUGAAGGUUCUAGUAACACACCCGGAAACUCCACAGGAGGCUAUCGACUUGCUGUCGCGAGACCUUGAUGUAAUCAUUUGCCAAAGUGUGCCUCCGAAACGUUCGGAAAUAUUGGAGAAGUGCAAGGGUGUGCAUGCCUUAUAUUGGGCUAAUCAUAGUCCACUCGACGUGGUUGUGUUGGAUGCCGCUGGGCCCCAACUUAAAGUGAUCUCUACGAGAUCUUCGGGCGUUGAUUAUGUCGACGUCGAAGAACUUAAACGACGCAAGAUUCCGCUGGGAAACACGUUUGGCGUACUUAACGACGCAGUGGCAAAUAUUGCUGUUGGCUUAUUGUUGGCAGCAGCGCGUCGUUUCCACGAAGGAAGACUAAAGAUUGAAGCUAACAAUUGGGAGAAUUACUAUCUCAACUGGAUGUUGGGUCAGGAUUUGCGCGACGCGGUAGUGGGUUUCUAUGGCUUUGGUGGUAUCGCACAAACGAUCGCCAAACGUCUCUCCGGUUUCGAUAUUGAUAGUGUCUUAUACACUACACGUCGCCGAGUGUCGGAGGAAAUCGAACAGAAGUACAAUGCCAAAAAAGUGGACUUCGACACGUUGCUUGGCCAAAGUGAUUUCGUUAUCAUUGCUUCACCGCUGACUACUGAGACAGCUGGUGUUUUCAAUGCUACCGCUUUUGGUAAAAUGAAGAAUACCGCCGUGCUGGUAAACAUAGCGCGGGGUGGUAUAGUGAAUCAGCAGGAUUUAUAUGAGGCUUUGAGAACAAAUCAAAUAUUCGCCGCAGGUUUGGAUGUAAUGACUCCAGAACCACUACCUCUCAAUGAUCCGCUGUUGAGUUUACCAAAUGUUGUUCUAAUGCCUCAUGUGGGCUCAGCCACCAAGCGUACAAGGACCGAUAUGGCAAUUAUAGCAGCGCAUAACAUUUUACGUGGACUUGCUGGUGAACCUAUGCUGUCACCCGCAUAUUAAAUAUGUAGAUAUUUUAUGAACUUAGAGGUUUUAGUUAAUUGAGAUAAGAAUCACCGUAAUGUUGUUCUUACUUAUGUUAGUAGAGAAAUAUUUUCAAUUAAAACAAGUAAGGAAGGGCUAAAUUCCGGUGUAACCGAACAUUUUAUACUCUCGCAAUUUAUUUAUUUAACUUUAUUUAUAUUAUAUAAUACACACUAUGACCCACAUAUUCGUCAUAUAUAUUGUAUAAAGUCCAUUGAAAGGUGGAAACCAUAAUAUUAGGUUAGAAGCACCGAGGUCCUCGUGUUCGAUAUAUGGGGCCUUAAAAACCUAUGGUCCGAUUUCGGCGAUUUUUAGAAUGGGGCUGCCACACUAUUAACAUAGUAUUUGUGCAAAGUUCUGCAUCGAUAUCUUCACUAGUGCUUACUUUAUAUAUUGUAAAGUAAACGAUUCAGAUUGUCUUCAAAGUUCUGGUAUAUAGGAAGUAGGCGUGGUUGUGAAGCGAUUGGCCUAUUUUCACAACAUAUCAUUGGGAUGUAAGGAAACUAUUACAAACCAAGUUUCAUUGAAAUCGGUCGAGUAGUUCCUGAGAUAUGGUUUUUGACCCAUAAGUGGGCGACGCCAUGCUCAUUUUCCAUUUUGUAAAAAAAUCUGAGUGCAGCUUUCAUCAAGAUUCAUCCAUUUCUUAUGCGAAAUUUAGUGUUUCUGACGUUUUUCGUUAAUGAGUUAACGCACUUUUAGUAAUUUUCAACCUAACUUUUGUAUGGGAGGUGGGCGUGGUUAUGAUCCGAUUUCUUUCAUUUUUGGACUGUAUUAGGAAGUGGUUAAAAAAAACGACUGCAAAAAGUUUGGUUUAUAUAGCUCUAUUGGUUUGCGAGAAAUGUACAAAAAAAACUUAGUAGGGGGCGGAGCCACGCCCACUUCCGCAAAAGAAUUACACCCACAUAUGCCCCUUCAUAGUGCGAUCCUUCAUACCAAAUUUUAUUUCCAUAGCUUUAUUUAUGGCUUAGUUAUGGCACUUUAUGUGUUUUCGGUUUUCGCCAUUUUGUGGGUGUGGCAGUGGUCCGAUUUUGCUCAAUUCGAAAGCAACCUUCCUAUGGUGCCAUGAAAUAAGUGUGCCAAGUUUCAUCAAGAUAUCUUAAUUUUUACUCAAGUUACAGCUUGCACAGUCGGACGGACGGACGGACGGACAGACAGACAUUCGGAUUUGAACUCCACUCUUCACCCUGAUCACUUUGGUAUAUAUAACCCUAUAUCUAACUCGUUUAGUUUUGGGUGUUACAAACAACCGCUAUGUGAACAAAACUAUAAUACUCUCUUUAGCAACAUUUGUUGCGAGAGUAUAAAAAUAAAACAAUUAAAGAUAUUUUGUUAUGUAUGAUAUUGACAGUUAA